AUGUGCCGUAUCAAAGAACUCGUCCCGCUAGGUCCCCACAUAUGCUCCCCGGUCCUUGAUAUCCCCCACCACCUUGCACGCCAGAAUCCAGCACUGGUAGGGGCAGGAGAAGCAUAUCCUCAAUAUAAUAUACCCCAGGUCGCCGGGAAAGUGUCGCAUCAGCCGCCUCAACACGAUCCAUACUUCAGUGGUAAUGUACCUCGAUUUGAGAUGUCAGGCAAUGGACAGCACGGUGACCACAACACCAGCGGCGCAUUCGCUGGGGGACCUAUGUACCAAGAUCAUUUAAACAAUAGGCUUCGUUCCACCAGUCCGCAGCACUCACCCGAUAUGCGUCAGCCAUCCCCGUAUCCUUUUUUCGGUGCACACCAGACACCCGUCCAGUCCAUGCGAGCUGGUAGCGUGCCACAGAAUUUCAGCUCAAAUAGUACAUCCUCUCGAGGUGAAACACCAUACCGUCAUUUCGCAGGAGACUCGGGUAGUGAGGCAUCUUCGCGGGCACCAUCUGUUGUUCCUGGAAGCGAGGAGUAUCAAGCUAUGAUGCUAUAUUCAAUGGGUCGACAGCCUGCCACUCACCUUCCGCACGUGAACCAGAACGUGAAUAGGCGAAAUGGGGCACUUGAGCAGUCGCCAAAUUUGAAUGAGACCGUUGCACAUCUUGUCACAGAGGUCAAACGACUGACCGAACACGCACAGCACACCGAUAAGGAGCUCGCUACCACAAACGCACGUUUCUUCGCAUGA